CAUUAUUUUGCGCUUUCAUUUUAGUUGGUAAAGGCCAAAGGGCUAAGCAAUGAUCACAAACAUAUGAUUCAGACAAUCAGAUUCAGAUCAAAGAUGAGCCAGCCAGCCCUCUCUCCAUCUCCACUCUCCUCAAACAUUCAGACAUAAAUUAAUGGUAUAUACUCUGAGAGUAGAGGAGCAGUGUACAGUUCAAAAAGCAGCGAAUAAAUUAAUAUAUAUGGUCUAUUUAAAAAAGUCAUCAGCAGAAGGGGAUUUCCAUUUCUUGUUUUUGCUCAGGGCAGAAGGAAGACAUUUUCAGUCUCAUGGGAGGAAUGUUCUGACAAUCUGAGAGCAUCCCGUGGUCCCAUCUUUCUUGGGGGUACAACCCAUCUCAUAAAGAUUCAAUCUUGACCAGGGAUACACACGAAUUGUACAUAUACAAGCGUGGGUGUGUUUGUGUAGAGAGAGAGGGGGGAAGAGUGAGAGAGAUGAAGGAGGUGUUUGGAAGUCCAGGUAAAAAGAGUGGGCUGAUAUUAAGGAUAGGACAGUGUGUGUUUGCAGCUGCUUCAAUUGCGGUCAUGGCUUCUGCUUCCGGCUUCUCUACUACUACCGCCUUUUGCUACUUAAUUGCAUCAAUGGGGCUUCAGGUUUUGUGGAGCUUUGGACUUGUGUGCCUCGACAUACAUGCUUUGAGGUUCAACAAGGAUCUGCAUACUAACAUCAUUGUCAGCUUGUUCGUCGUUGGUGAUUGGGUGACUGCUACUCUAUCCCUGGCAGCCGCAUGCUCGUCUGCAGGCGUUAUGGUGCUCUUCACUAGAGAUACCAAUAUCUGCAGGGUGGAUGCCAAUUUGUCGUGUGAUAUGUUUCAGAUAUCCAUAGCUUUUGCUUUUGCCGCAUGGUUUCUUCUUGCCAUAUCUUCUUAUGUCAUGUUUUGGCUUGUGGCUUCAAUUUAAAAUACUUCUCGUCUACACCUUCGAUGCACGUGCACGUGCACGAAGUCGCAAUGUAUAUAUAUGAAUUGUCAAUUUUUGAAGAGUAACAGUUUAAAUAUUUUUCCCAACAUUAGCACACCUAGGCUGUUUCCAGUUUGUGUGAUAUUGGUUUUAUUUUUUUCCCUCCUGUUUAAAGAUCCGAUGAAACACUAUAGGAACGUCUGUCCAUAUAUUAGUUUCUAAUAGCGUACAAUGAUAUUGCGUGUCACACGAUUGACGAUCCAUUGUGUGACAAUCGACAUCCAAGGGUUUAUCCUUGAAAAGGUGUAUUGCUAGGAAGAGGAGGUCUUGGGACUUGCAAGCUAAUCAUGUUCUUCUUUUGCAACUGAUGUAGGACACAUGCCGACAUCAGUGUUGAACGAGAAUUCAGUUUAGCUAAAACUCU